AUGGAGAGUAGCUGGUGUGUUAAACCUAGACCUGGAUUCAUGGUUCAGUAUACUAAGCAUAUACCUGGAUACAUGGUUCAGUAUACUAAACCUAGACCUGGAUACAUGGUUCAGUAUACUAAGCAUAGACCUGGAUACAUGGUCCAGUAUACUAAACCUAGACCUGGAUACACGGUUCAGUAUACUAAACAUAGACCUGGAUACAUGUUCCAGUAUACUAAACCUAGACCUGGAUACAUGGUUCAGUAUACUAAACCUAGACCUGGAUACAUGGUUCAGUAUACUAAACCUAGACCUGGAUACAUGGUUCAGUAUACUAAACCUAAACCUGGAUACAUGGUUCAGUAUACUAAACCUUAA